GUUAGAGGCCUAAGCAACUUUCAUAAACGUAGGGCAAUUUUUUCCUGGUGUAGAAAGCAAAAAGCCGAUUUAAUAUUUUUACAAGAAACUCAUUCCACAACAGAACGACAGGAUCAGUGGCGAAAAGAGUGGGGCGCUUCUAUUUUAUUUUCACACGGCAGUACAAAUGCUAGAGGUGUUGCAAUUCUCAUAAAGAAUAGUUUGAACAUUAUUAUUCAACAAAGUGAAAUAAGUUCGGAUGGCAGGUUUAUUGUUCUAAAAGCUGCUAUUAACAAUGAGAUAUACAUAAUUGCAAACAUAUAUGGCCCAAACAAAGACGCCGAUGCUGUCAAGUUUUAUCGUAAUUUAUCAAAAUUAUUAAGAAAGGACGAAUUUGGUAAUGAAGAAAACAUUAUUAUAGGUGGAGAUUUUAAUUGUCCUCUCGACAUCACGCUUGACAAAAAGGUGGUUUACCGAUUCCUCGAAAAUAUGUAAUCAACUCUAUAGAUGAAUUGCAAAAUGAAUUCAGUCUGCACGACAUUUGGCGCCUAAAAACCCAACAUUGCAAAGCUUUACCUGGGGGCGUUGUUCACCUUUUAUAUUUUGCCGACUAGAUUACUGGCUAAUAUCCGAUAAAUUACAUGAUUUGGUAAAUAAGGUCGAUAUCAUACCCUCGAUCAAAACAGACCAUUCCGCUAUUUUUUUAGAACUUGAAGAAAUCGAAUCAAGUGGAAGAGGAGCUGGCUUCUGGAAACUAAACACUUCUCUAUUGGCAAAUGAAAAUUAUAAACAUAUGAUAACAAACAAUUUACCGACCUGGCUGGAUGCAGGUAAAGAUAUACAUGAUCCCAGACUUUUGUGGGAUUGGAUCAAGUUUAAUAUAAGGUCAAACUCCAUCAUAUUCUCCAAACAAAUAGCUUCCAUUCGACGGAAACAAGAAGAGGAAUUAAAUAAACGUUAUCAGGAGGCAGUCCUAAUGUUUCACACAAAUCCUUGUAACAAUACGCGUCUGGCACUAGAAAAAUCUAAGCAGGAUCUUGAAGCACUGUACGAGGACAAAGUAGAAGGGAUUAUACUACGCGCAAGAGCUCGAUGGCACGAACACGGUGAAAAGAAUAACAAAUAUUUUUUAAAUCUCGAGAAACGCAACCAUGUU